CCAAAAUGAAGAGGUUCGUGGUUCUAGCAGCAUUUUUGGCAGCAGUAAGUUCACUUCCUAUUGAAGAACGUGUCAAUGGCGAAAAUGGCUGGUUUGUGCCUCAGAAAGAUGGAAGUUUUGAGUGGAUGGACAUGAAUGAUGCCGAAAAACUCUUAGAGCACAAUGCGCCAAUCGAAGGGCGUUCCAAUGAUGUGUCCUUCUAUCUCUAUACCAAACAAAACCCGACUGAAGGCAAGGAAAUCCGGUCCGAUGCGUCCUCCAUUCAAGACUCGCAUUUCGAUAAGAAACACGGCACUCGUUUUGUAAUCCACGGAUGGGGUGGGCGCUACACCGAUAGCAUGAAUGUCAAGAUCACCAAGGCGUGGCUUUCGAAAGGCGACUACAACGUGAUCGUGGUCAACUGGGAUCGUUCCCAAUCCUUCGACUAUGCCUCCUCGGUGAUAGCUGUUCCUGGAGCUGGAACCAAGGUGGGAGAAAUGAUUGAGCACCUGCACCACCAUCACGGUAUGUCUCUGGAGACUCUGGAGGUUAUUGGUCACAGUUUGGGUGCCCAUGUGGCUGGUUAUGCGGGAAAGAAAGUGGGGGAUAAGAGGGUGCACACAAUUGUGGGUCUGGACCCUGCCAUGCCCCUCUUCAGCUACGACAAGCCCAACAAGCGUCUGUCCACCGAAGAUGCCUUCUAUGUGGAGUCCAUCCAGACGAAUGGCGGCUUAAAGGGAUUUCUGAAGCCCAUUGGCAAGGGCACUUUUUACCCGAAUGGCGGAAGGAAGCAACCAGGAUGCGGCGAUGACAUCGGAGGUCAAUGCUCACACGGACGCUCCGUGACCUACUACGUGGAGGCAGUCACCGAGGACAACUUUGGGACCAUCAAGUGCAAGGACUACCAGGAUGCACUGGCCAAUGAGUGCGGCAGCACCUACAGCAGUGUUCGCAUGGGAGCUGUGACCAACGCCUACAUGGUCGAAGGCGACUUCUACGUGCCUGUGAACAGCCAGGCUCCCUUCGGCAAGAUCGAAUAGAGAUCUGCGUUUUCAUUUGUAAUAUGAAUAAAACCACCAAAAAGUC